AAUAAUAAUAAAAAUAAUAAUAUAUAACAAAUAUAAUAAAUGGAACAAAACGAUUUAUAACACGAUUUCAAUCUUCGGUUUUAUGUACGUUUUUUCGCGUCUUCAGAUACGAGACUUGUCCAAAAGGUAAACAAAGAAAGAAACUGACAUUCUGCUAAGUGAAUUAUAAACGCGUGAGUCACCGUCGAAGGUCCGACUCCAAGAGGAGGAAGAAUGAGAUACCUCACGUGUCUGUUAACACUGGGAGUGUUGGCUGUGGCAGCCUUCGCCGCGAUCAAGAAUGACGCGUCGACGAUUGACGUGCUUAGACAGACCCUGUUAUAUCUGGAGAAGGAGCUGAGAAAAGAUCUGGCCGAUGAACGUAAAUGGAUCAAUGUCGAAGCGCGACAUAAGUAUUUGCAUCUGAUCGAGGUGUACAAGAGAUUCGGCAACCUGGUGGACAAGCAAUUUCCCUUGGACCGACGGGAUCAUCUGAACUCCCUGGACUCCCUGUGGCUCUGGGCCCGGGCCCAAUCCGAGGCCAAGGGUGUCAACGGCCUGUACGGGGUGUUCAGGCAAAUGCAGCGCGAGAUUGUCGAACUGAAUGCGCCGAUCAAUGUUAAUCAACUGGCGAAUUUCGCCGAGACGAUCCUGCGGGAUCCGAACGCCGCGAUCCCGAGGGCUCUUGAUCGCAUCGCGAAUCUGAUCGUCAACGAAAAAUUG